AUUUUUCUUCGCUGUUGAUGAGUCAGUUUAUAUUUUGAUUUGUGUGUAAGAUGUAAUCAAAACUAUCCAAAGAAGAUGAAUUUGGUGUUUUUCCACCAAAUCUAUUACUAGCACAUGAGUGUUACAGAGUCAGCUGUGGUUGCAGACCAGCUCUCUCUGGGAUACAGUGGUGGGACAUGCCUUAUAAGGAAGACAAUCUGUAUGUAGUCAGCCCGACAGAGCUUAGUCACUGAGCCUCAAGCCAAGUCCCACUGUUAACCUCCUCGCUGGCUAUCACUACAGCUGCACCUACAAACCCUCAGAUUUCAGCAAAGCUCUCUGCUACUCAGAGUCAAAUCCUACAUUAAGCACUCAAGCUCUGUCUGUCUGAUCAGACUCUCUCUGCUCUAACAAGCAGGCCUUAGGUCAGUUCACUGUCAGCAAAGCUGUGGGGAUUACAUUGUUUUCUGUUUAAAUCUCCAUCCCAGGUGUGUAGCUUUUCAGGCUUCUCCACUGCAAAGGCUUUCUAAAAAUAAAUUUCACUUCUUAUAAGAUUUGCCAUACUUAUGCUUGCAAACAAACUUUUUUUUUAUCGGCUGAGACUUUGCUAAAAGUUGUUUUGGUCCACAGUUUACAGUGAUGCAAUUCCUAGAAUUUAAGUACAAAGUCAAACUUGUGACUAGUAGGAGAGAGUGUCAAAAGCAUUGCUUACUGUACUUUUGAGUCAUAAGAGAAAGAAGAGAUUGUUGCUCCAAUAUUAUUUGCUGCAUAAAAUUGUUAUACUUUGUGCAAAUUGCACAGGUACUGUCAGCACAGCAGCUACUGUAAAUCACAGAUUGAUUUAAAAAGGAUUAAAGCUCUACGGAAGAUGGAAUGAACAUUGCAGGCCAGAGCAGCUUAGAGCCCGGUCGUGCUAGCCAAAAUCAUCCACCAUGGAAGAGAUAUGUGUAAACAGAACACACCAAAGUCUCAUAAUAGUUUACUUUAGACAAACACUUAGAGCUAAAAGACACUAUAUAUAUUAAGUUGCAUCCUGUAAAGCAAGUGUAAAUAUAUUUGUGCAAUUCAAGCUAUUAAACUGUAUAAAAUAUCUGCUGCUUGAGCAUCAAUGUCUUAUAAGAUAUUAAAAAAAUCAUCCUAUAUCUUCAGAAAUGUCAUGGUUAGCUGCACACCUACACUAGCACCAGUUUGAGAAUCAUGGCUGGAAUCCCAGCUAAGGUAUGCAAAAAAAAAAAAGAAAAAAGAAAAAAAGAAAAAGAAAAGAAAAAGAAAGAAAAAAGAAAUCCCGUGAACACCUGCCCUUUUUUUGACCUCAGCAUUCCUUACAUGCAUCCUUUGGAAAAUCAGACUAACUGUAGUUACUAUCUGUGGGAAGCCCACCUGCAAGUGGGAGAACAAUACUCUUGAGGUGACGCAGAGAGGAGGGGCUGCAGUGGAAGUGUCCACUGACUUUCCUUUGCUCUUGGCUCUCUUCCACUGUUGUCCUCAUGUUUUCCUCUUUUUUUUAUUACGGAUUUUCCUGCAUCCAGUGUUCAGAGAUAAUGACCUUUUAGCAGCAUUAACCAGGCAAAUGAGACCCUUGAGAGGCUUUUGCAUUCAAGAAAAACAGAAGUCCUGUGGAAGUCUAGCCCCUUUGUUCCACUUUCUGCUUAUUUUUUGUGAAUGCGAAACAGAAGAGCUUCUCUCAUGACUGAGCCUUUGAUACUGAACAGAGUGCUCUUAGUUUGUUUGGAGUGUAGUGGAUUGAUUGCACACCACAUUGUUUGUCUGGAUCAUUUUCACCAGAAGUGGACGUUGACGGACGAGUGCGUCUGGUGAUGGAGAGUGCCCUGACUGCCCGGGACAGGGUUGGGGUGCAGGACUUUGUCUUGCUGGAAAACUACAACAGUGAAGCAGCCUUCAUAGAAAACCUGCGGAGACGCUUUAGAGAAAAUCUAAUCUAUACGUAUAUUGGCUCAGUGUUGGUGUCGGUGAACCCUUACAAAGAGCUGGAGAUUUACUCCAAGCAGCAGAUGGAACGUUACAGAGGAGUCAGCUUCUACGAAAUAUCACCUCACAUCUAUGCCUUAUCAGACAACACUUAUCGAGCAAUGCGGACAGAGAGGAAGGACCAGUGUAUUCUCAUUUCGGGUGAGAGUGGAGCAGGCAAAACAGAGGCCUCCAAAAAGAUCCUCCUCUACUAUGCUGUCACCUGCCCCACUAAUGAUCACAUGGCUGCCCUUGGUGACCGCCUCCUGCAGUCAAACCCUGUUCUGGAGGCAUUUGGUAAUGCCAAAACACUGAGGAAUGAUAACUCCAGUCGCUUUGGAAAGUACAUGGAUGUCCAGUUUGACUUCAGGGGAGCACCAGUGGGAGGUCACAUCCUCAACUACCUGCUGGAGAAAUCCCGUGUUGUGCACCAGAACCAUGGUGAAAGAAAUUUUCACAUCUUCUAUCAGCUUUUGGAUGGAGGGGAUGAUGAACUGCUUAAAACACUGGACCUUGAAAGAAACCCUCAGAAUUAUCGCUAUCUGGUCAAGGGAAACUGUCCCAGAGUCAGCUCCAUAAGUGACAAGAAUAAUUGGAAAGUUGUGAUGAAGGCCUUGCCUGUGAUUGGCUUCACCACAGAGGAAGUGCAGAAUUUGCUGAAUAUCAUUGCUGGCAUUCUCCAUCUGGGUAACACUCUCUUUGGGGAAGGGGAGGAAGGAGAAACUUAUAUCACCACUGAGACUCAGCUAUCAAAUCUUGCGAAGCUGCUGUGUGUUGAUGGCUCAGCCCUCAAGGAGGCACUCACUCACAAGAAACUGACAGCCAAAGGAGAAGAGAUGGUCAGCCCACUAAAUUUUGAGCAGGCGGUAUCCGCUCGUGAUGCUUUAGCCAAGGCUGUGUAUGGUCGAACCUUCACCUGGCUGGUGGAGAAGAUCAACCAGUCACUGGCUCUGAAGGAUGAAAUCUACCACAGCAGCAAAGAUUCCUCAGUCAUAGGGCUUCUAGAUAUCUAUGGUUUUGAGGUCCUACAGCACAAUAGCUUUGAGCAAUUUUGCAUCAACUACUGCAACGAAAAGCUCCAGCAGCUGUUUAUUGAGCUCACCCUCCGAUCUGAGCAGGAGGAGUACGAGACAGAAGGAAUUGCUUGGGAGACAGUACAAUACUUUGAUAACAAGAUCAUUUGUGACCUGAUAGAAGAGAAGUAUAAAGGCAUCAUUUCCAUUCUGGAUGAGGAAUGUCUGAGACCUGGAGAGACUUGCGAUGCCUCAUUUUUGGAGAAGUUGGAGGACACAGUGGGCGGCCAUCCCCAUUUCAUCACGCACAAGCUGGCAAAUGGAAAAACCCGCAGGGUAAUGAGCAGGGAGGAGUUUAGGCUGCUGCAUUAUGCUGGAGAGGUCAACUAUAAUGUCAAUGGUUUCCUUGACAAGAACAAUGAUUCGUUGAACAGGAAUCUGAAGGAGGUCAUGUGCCAGUCAGACAACCAGAUCCUAAGUCACUGCUUCCGCAGAGAGGAAGUGACUGGCCAGAAACGUCCAGAGAUGGCUGCAACUCAGUUUAAAAACAGUCUGAUGAAGCUAAAGGAGAUCCUCAUGUCUAAAGAGCCAUCCUAUGUGCGCUGUAUCAAACCUAAUGAUGCCAAGCAACCAGGACGCUUCGAUGAAGUUCUGGUCAGACACCAGGUGAAGUACUUGGGUCUAAUGGAGAACUUGAGGGUCAGGAGAGCUGGCUUUGCCUAUCGCCGUCGCUUUGAAGCCUUCUUGCAGAGGUAUAAGCCCCUGUGUCCUGAGACAUGGCCCAACUGGCACGGAAGACUCAUAGAUGGAGUUUCUACACUGGUCAACCACCUCGGCUAUAAAGCAGAAGAGUACAAACUGGGCAGAUCAAAGAUCUUCAUCCGUUUCCCGAAAACUCUCUUCACCACUGAGGACGCACUAGAGGCAAAAAAGCCAGAGAUAGCUGUGAUCCUCCAGACAUCAUGGAGAGGCUACAGAGAGAGAUCUAAGUAUCAACGCAUCAGACAUGCAGUGAUAGUGAUCCAGUCGGCAUGGCGAGGGAUGAAAGCACGGCGGAGAGCUAAAAAGCGUCGCCAGGCGGCUGAGCUGAUUCGCAGAUUCAUAAAAGGCUUCAUCUACCGUCAUGAGGAAUACUGCUCUGACAAUGAGUAUUUCCUGGAUCAUGUUCGUUACUCCUUCCUCAAAAAUCUGAGCAAAAACCUGCCAAAGAGUGUUUUGGACAAAAGCUGGCCGACUCCUCCUCCCUCUCUUGUUGAGGCCUCUGAUCACCUGCAGAGGCUGCACAUGCGGAACAUGGUCAUCAAGUACUGCCGGAGGGUCCAGCCUGAAUGGAAGAAGCAGAUGAUGCAGAAGGUCGUAGCCAGUGAGAUCUUCAAAGAUCAGAAAGACAGCUACCCUCAGAGUGUUGGGAGGCUGUUUUUGGACUCCAGGCUUGAACGUGAGCAAAUCAGUCUCAAAGUCCUCCAGACUCUUGGCAACGACAAAGUGCAGUAUGGUGUCUUAGUGACUAAGUAUGACAGGAGGGGUUUCAAGCCUCGCCCCCGCCAGCUGCUCCUCACAAACACCUUUGCUGUGUUGGUGGACAGGACCAAGAUCAAACAGAGGAUUGACUAUGCUGCUCUGAGAGGCAUCUCUGUGAGCGCUCUCAGUGAUGGGAUGUGUGUUCUGCACAUGCCCUGUGAGGAUAACAAACAGAAGGCUGAUGCUGUGCUGCAGUGCAGCCAUGUGAUCGAGCUGGUGACUAAAUUAGCCAUGAUGGCCAGCAAAACCAGCUAUGUCAAUAUCAGCCCGGGCAGCAUUCGGUUUGCUGUGGCUCGAGGCAAGGAAGGAAUAAUUGAUUUCAUCAGGGGUCCAGAGCUGAAGGUGGCCAAAGGCAAACGAGGACAUCUGCUAGUGACUGCCCCUCGGAUCAACGCCACAUGAAGAAACAGAAAAAAGCUACCAGAUAAACAAUGAUCCUUUAGCUGCAUGGAGCACUGCCAUUCAGAAGUUUUCUGCUGUUUGUUUGUUAGCUUGCAGCUGAUAGGAUGACACCACAGAAUGCAAAAACACACUCAGCAAAAGUAAGAUUUCAUAAUGAUUUAUAUUCAAAUGUUUUGCAGUAACUAUUGAUAACUAAGGAUUUUUGCUCAAAGAUUAGAAAGUCAUAACAUGAACUCAUCACAUCUCCAAAUGCUUCAUCAUUUUAUUGUAAAUCAUACACAACUGUAUUUAUCCAUCACAUACAAAAUGUCUGUAAAACACUAUCUCUCUAUUGCUAGAGAUCACAAAUAAAACACUUAAAAAUAAA